AUGGGUGCCUCAACGUCCGUCCCGCUCGAAAGGCGAGUUCCUGUGUGGAUCGACCUCGUCCCCCGACUCCUCGCGCAUCUGAACAUUCCCCACGUCGCGUUAGCAUCGCACAGCGCGGGCAUGAUAUAUCUCCUCAACACGCUGUACCACUGCCGCGAGAUUCUCCACCCUGAGAGGCCGUAUGUUGCGUUUCUAGCCCCCUGGGUAAACCCAACCCACAGCCGCAUCACAAGCAUGCAAAUGGCCCAGUUCCUACCAACCCGCGUCUUCAGCAUCUGGAACCAGAUCCCGAAGUUCCUGCUCCUGACCGCCACCCCGGUACUAGAGAGUAGCGGGACGAUCGUGAACAAAGUCUCCUCGGUGAGUGGGACCGCGCCGAGUGGUAGUGGUUCUGCACAGGUGGAGAGGAAUCGGGAUAGGUUGGAAUCCGAGCAUGGCAUGUCGAAGGAGGUGCAGAAGGAGUUGGAGCCGUUGACGUGGCGGUUUAUGUUUGAGGAGAGUACACAGGGGGCGAAUGACGAGGCGUUGCAGUGUCUUUGUAAGGGGCCCGCUGGGUCGUGGGGAGUUUGUGAGGAUUAUGAGCGUUAUGUGAGGGAGGUGGUGGAGAGGGAGAGGAAUAGAGGGCAUGCGGGAGGGAGGUUGGUGGUGAGAGGGUUUUUUGCGGAGAGUGAUACUAUGAUUGGGGAGAAAGGAAGAAGGUAUGUAGAGGGGUGCUGGAGGGGUCAUGGGAGUAGUUAUACCGACAGCGACAGUGGUGGGUUUGAUGAUGCGGUGGAUUUUGAGACGGCUGUGGUCCCGGGAACGGAUCAUAAUACUGUUUCUCAGGAGACUGGGCUCUUGGAAAGGAUCUUUCUUGAGGCUGGGGGGCGUAGGUCCGUUGGUGAUCAUUGA